CACCGCACUUCAGUGUGGCUGCAUGCCAACAGCUGAUGUGAUAUAACCUGACUUUAGUUGCCAAUUGGAAACACGAAACACCAAAAAAAUGUUACGCAGGUUGAUUCCAAGUGUGCGUUUAACGCUGCAAGUGCCGAAAGCCACAACAACAGCUGUGAGGAGCACAAGUGGCAGUGUUUAUGAACCGGAUUAUCUGGAGUCCCUCAAACCGAAAUUCCCGCAGUACGACAGCCUGAAUGUGCAAAUCAAAGGCUACGACUAUCCGCAGUUGGAGAGCUACCAGCGGUUCCUGCACGGAGUGGCCGAGUAUCUGGACCUGGACGUGUCCGACUGCUAUGCCCUGCCGCCGCAGCAGACGCAGGUGCAGCGAUUGCGGCCCAACUCCACGGUCAUCGAGUCCGAGUACAAGCUGACCACCUACGAGCGCAAUUUGCAGCUAAACAACGUGGAUGCUCCGGUUUAUCCGCAAUUCCUGCGACUCGCCCAGGCAGCCCUGCCCGAAGGAGUGAGCUUGAGGGUCCAGGAGCACACCGAUGACUGCGAGGAGCGACGCUAUGUGCCGGACAAGGAGCUACUGGACCUCAAGGACGAGCUGGAACGCAUGGGCGGACCCACCACCUUCAAGAAGAAGUAGGCCGACUUGGCAAACAUUAUAUAUUUUUAAUAAGUAACCUGUGUGUGUAAAGUGUAGAGAGUAGAGAAAGAGAGAACCUAUGAAUAAAAACUUUCCUAUUUAAA